AUGGAAAAUUUACCUGGUUUUCCGAAAUUUGAUGUUUUUGCUGAUGAAAAUUCUCUGGGAGUACGAUGGGAAAAGUAUUUGGAUAAAUUAGAAAACUUAUUUGUUGGACUGGGCAUAAACACUAGAAAACGAAAAAAAGCACUGUUACUUCAUUAUGCAGGAGAUGAUGUUUACGAUAUCUAUGAUACAUUGAAUUUAAGAGAAGACAAUGAAAACUACGAGGAAACGAAACUUGGAUUGACAACAUACUUUAAGCCAAGAAAAAACACACAAUUCGAAAUAUUCGAAUUUCGUAAUAUGAAGCAAUUGCAUGGGGAAUCUAUCGACCAGUUUACAACAAGAUUACGCCAGAAAGCUAAGAAUUGUGAAUUUUCGGACAUUGACUCAGAAAUUAAAAGCCAGAUCAUACAGGGUGUUGUUUCACAAAACAUGAGAAUGCAGUGUUUACAAGAUCCGGAUAAAUCACUUAAUGACUUACUUACAAAAAUGAGAACCAUGGAAAUAUCAAAAACUCAAGCAGCAAAUAUGUCAAAGGAUACAAGUAGUCAGCAAGUAGUGCGGGUAAAAAGCAAUCCUCGAUUUAGCCGUCAAGCAAAGGGAUUCGCACCAAAACGUUAUCAGCAACGUUCAUAUCAAACUAUUCCAGAAGCAAGUUCGUCGUCGGGAAGGCGAAACUACCCUCUAGAACGAAAUAAAAAAUGCCGAAAUUGUGGAGGAAAGUAUCCCCAUAUGUCACGUUGUCCUGCUAUCGGAGCAGAAUGUAACUACUGUCAUAAGAAGAAUCAUUUCAUAUCGGUCUGCAGAAAACGUCAAAACAAGGUGAAGUUAAUCGAUGAUGAACAGUCGGAUUCACAAGUUUUAUCAGAGGCAAGCACGUCGAGUGUUAGUUCAAAUGAGUGCGAUGUUUUAUUUGGAUUUAAAAUAUCAGAUGGGAAAAAAGUGCCAAAGAAAUGCAUUAAAUUAAAUGGCGUAGAUGUUUAUGUGUUAAUAGAUAGCGUUCAUCGUAAAUAUUAUUAG